AUGGCCCGGAGAAAAGCCAGCGCUGUGGCACAAGAAGACACCAAACCGCUCCUGGAAAAGGGCUCGACCAGGAAGCGGCUCAGCAAUGCCGACGAUGAGGACCACGCCACCAAGCGCGUGAGGGGCGGGAUCGAGGAGAGGACUGACUACGCCCGGUGGCGCAUGCGAGAUGACCACGGCCGGCACACGUGGUGCUACCUCGAAGAUGACGAUGCGCUCAAGCAAUGGCCCCAAACCUACGCGGACAAGUACUAUCUGGGUCUGCCGCUGGAUCUCCCUGAACUCCCGAAGGCCAAGAGCCCUCUCGACGCGGUGCGCAACGGUCUCGAGUUCUUCGAAAAGCUCCAACUGCCCAGCGGCCACUGGGGUUGUGAAUACGGCGGCCCCAUGUUCCUGCUCCCUUGCGUCGUCCUCGCGUGGUAUGCGACCAAGACCCCGAUCCCCUGGUACUACGCCACCGAAAUAAAGAACUACCUGUUCGCCCGCGCGCAUCCCGAAGAUGGCGGCUGGGGCCUGCACAUCGAGGGAGAGACCUCCGUGUUUGGCACAACGCUCAACUACACCGUGUUGCGGCUGGUUGGGGUCGACGCCGACCACCCCAAGAUGGUCAAAGCCCGCGCUACCCUGCACAAGAUGGGCGGCGCGACCCAUUCCCCCCACUGGGCAAAGUGGUGGCUCGCCGUCUUGGGCGUGGCCGACUGGGAUAUCGUCAAUCCUGUGCCGCCUGAGCUGUGGCUUCUGCCAGACGUCGUUCCUUUUGCGCCCUGGAGGUGGUGGAUCCACAUUCGGCAGGUCUUCUUGCCCAUGAGCUAUUUGUGGUCCAGGCGAUGGCGGGCCGAAGAGACCGAAACCAUCCGCUCCCUCCGCAAGGAGCUGUUCGUCGAGGAUUGGGACAAGAUUGACUGGGCCGGGAACCGCAACACCAUCAACCCUAGGGACAACUACCACCCCAAGUCCUGGCUCCUCAAUUUGAUCAAUUGGUUUCUUGCCAAUAUCUGGAAGCCGUAUUUCAGAGUGAAGCCCCUCUCCGACAAGGCGGAAGCCUGGGCUAUGAAGCUGAUUGAGAUGGAGAACGAGAACACGGACUGCUUGGACCUAGCCACCGUAUCCGGGCCCAUGAACCUCGUCUGUCUGUACGCUCAUGGUGGCCCGGACACCUAUGCCGUGCGCAGGCACAAGGAGAGGGCGAACGAAUUCCUCUGGGUAAAUAAGGAAGGCCUCCUCGCCAACGGCACCAACGGAGUGCAGUGCUGGGACACGGCAUUUGCGAUCCAGACAGUCAUGGACGCAGGGCUCACCGAGGAUCCGCGCUGGCGACCCAUGCUGCUCAAAGCGCUCGAGUUCCUCGACGACCAGCAGAUCCGUGAGAAUGUCAAGGACCAGGACAAGUGCUACCGACAACAACGCAAGGGAGCUUGGGCCUUCAGCAACAAAGACCAGGGUUAUGCCGUGAGCGACUGCAUAUCCGAAGCCUUGAAAUCCGUCAUCAUCCUGCAGAAAACGCCCGGCUUCCCCACCCUCAUUGACGACCAGCGCAUCUUCGACGCCAUCGACACCCUCCUGACCUAUCAAAACCCCAACGGCAGCUGCUCGUCCUACGAGCCACCCCGGGCCGGCCCAUGGAUGGAGAUGCUCAACGCGGCCGAGGUAUUCGGUAGAAUCAUGGUGGAGUACGAGUACCCGGAGUGCACGACCGCCGUGGUCACCGCCCUCUCGCUCUUCCACAAGCACUGGCCGGAUUACCGGCCCAAGGAGAUCGAGCGCUUCAUCAACCGAGCCGUAGCCUGGAUCAAGACCAACCAGCUGCCGCACGGCGGGUGGUACGGCAGCUGGGGCAUCUGCUUCACCUACGCGACCAUGUUCGCGCUCGAGAGCCUGGCCAGCAUUGGAGAGACGUACGAGAACAGCACGCACGCCCGGCGGGGGUGCGACUUCCUCAUCUCCAAGCAGCGGGAAGACGGCGGAUGGUCGGAGCAUUACAAGGCCUGCGAGACAGGCGAAUACGUCGAGCACCCGACCGGGUCGCAGGUGGUCAUGACCUCGUGGGCGCUGAUCGGCCUGAUGAAGGCCAACUACCCGGACCGGGCGCGGCUGCGGAAGGGCAUCAAGCUGCUGAUGGAGCGGCAGCAGCCCAACGGCGAGUGGCUGCAGGAGGCGAUCGAGGGCGUCUUCAACAAGAGCUGCAUGAUCUCGUACCCCAACUACAAGUUCACCUUCACGAUGAAGGCGCUCGGCAUGUUCGCGCGCAAGUACCCCGACGACACGGUCCUCUGAGCUUGUGAUUAGUGCUUUUUUUAUCCUUUCCUUCUCUCAAGGACGGAAAGCGAUUCAGUUCUGUGCGUGCGGAGGG